GGUUGAGUCCGCGCAUCGUGAGGCACGCGCCCGGGAGAGCGGACGGGGGUGUUGAAGAAUCGCGAGAUGUGCCUCGUUGAAGAAUUCACUGAUGUAUAUCCUAUGGAAGAUCGAUUGAGAAGAGUUAUAUACCACUGUUCGUCCAGCGAUGGCGAAAGAACCUGCAGGAAAACUAGAAUACGGAAUUGUGGUGAAGUGUACCAUGCUCGCCAUGAUCAUCCGACGAACUCACCAGAGACACCCCCGUUGAGAUACCGAAGAAGCCGAGCAGACCCUCAAUCUGUAAGAAGGGUUUCGCCAGUUCGAAGUCGUCCAUUCAAAUUACGCUUUCCGUUCCUCAAGUCCUCCCCAGAGCAUGUUAGAGUGCAGGAAAUACAAGGACCACGAGACCGCAAAGCGACACUCGAUCCCUCUGCCAUAAGAGACCCACAUGGUGAUGAUACAAUGCGGUCACGACAAAGAUUCCAUGUAUCAGCCUCCCCACGCCUGCAUACGACUUCACCGCAAAGAACGGCAGGUUCGGGAUCGACAGGCAGAGAACGAGAACAAGACAAUUCCCUGUCCCGCGAAGCCCGCCCCCAACAACGAUCUCAGGCGCGGCGCCUACCAAGAGAACGGACUCCGGUUGUCGAGCGUGUACCUCUCAGACGCAAGGACCCUCAGGCCCCAGCUCGCGUGGUGGAAGUUCACAACGACCCCCGUGCCAGUUGCGACGAAGAGCAGCAUGGUCGGAGAAAAGGCGACCGGCAAGUCCGCUUUUCCAACACGAUCGACUAUGAGGGGGGCGUCAGCAAAGGUCGUCAAUAUCCCAGCACUCCAACGGAGCCGCGCCGAGACUAUUUCCUACCCGGCAAGCUGGCCGAUAGGUAUAGAAACGUCGAUCGGAGGGCAAGUCCUCAGCGUGUUUUCUCGAAGGAACGCCCAUACAUCGAGACCCGGACCCCGCGAUUCGAAAGGUCUAGAGACGCUGCUCCAAGUCCAUCUGCCUCUCUCGGACCAAACCGCCCGCAGCCAAGGAUAAUCCAAGAUGGUAACCGUCAUGUGGCAGAAGCGGGUCAGCGCAUCCUCGUGGAGGCUCGAAGACGACAGACCCGAGAACGAUUCACCCGCGAUCUCAGGUCAUAUACUGCAUGGCGACCGUGGAAUCGGCGGUCUGAAGGCUUGCAUGAAUCUGAUAUCAGCGAAAGAAUUGGGGAUGACGGAGGAUCCCGUCGAUACAAGGGUUGGCGUUGGCGUUGAAAAAAUCCCUCAUUGGUGCUCUAAUAGUUUUCUGUUUUUGUAAUUCCGGUUCAGGUUGGUGCAGGAAUUGAUCAACUCCUUGGUGG